CCUGCUUCCUACCCUCCUCAAGAUCCAUCAGCCACACCAAAUUCCGCCCGCCAUCUGUGCGGAACUGCUUGACCGGUCUCUAACAAAAGUACUCUGCGCCGAGCGACCAAUGUGGCCAUUCAGAAGCGGAGGACAGACGGCGGAUGGAGCUCCUGCUUCUACUUCUGCCUCGGCCCUUCGGAACGACAGCCCUGCGGGCCCACCUUACUCCUCUGCAGACGCAUGUCCCGUGGACCAUUCCGCUCGCGACGCUUGGCUCAAGCAAUCGCGAGGUGAAGGUAGCGGCAGUGCUGGCCCUGAAGCGGCUCGAUCUCCUGCUCCCAUCUCGCUGUCUGGCAUGCUGAGCUCCUUGCUGCCAACGUCCAAAAGCUCUGCAACCGAGCGUAAAGAGACGCCAUCGUUUCGUGCAGACGGGCACGACUCAUCGUUGAGCGUCGAGCGCGUUGUGUCGUCCAUACCACGUCUGAUCAGCUCGGGAAGCUCGAGGCUUGAAGGGAGGAGCGAUACUUCGGGACAAAAUGCCUGCCCAGUGGCCCACGAUGCUACAGCCAGUACCAGCAAGGGAAAGGACAGCCCAGGCCAAUCCACCCAAGCAGAAGACGCCAAUUGGGUCUAUCCAUCGCCCGCACAGUUCUUUGCGGCCAUGGCUCGGAAGAACCAAAAUCCAAAUGCUUCGGACAUGGACAUCGUCGUGCCGAUCCACAACGCCGUCAACGAAAGGGCGUGGAAUGAGAUUCUCAAGUGGGAGCAGGGCUGGGAUCCCGCUUCCAAGGACAAGUGUGGAGGUCCAAAGCUGGUCACGUUCAAGGGCAAACCGGGAGAAUUGACAUGGAAGGCCUGGGCGAGAGGCUUAGCUGGCUACUCAGCACCCUUCGACAGGCACGACUGGGAGGUUGACAGAUGUGGACAUCGCGUUCGAUACAUCAUCGACUUUUAUUCAGGUCCCAGAGCCAAGGAUGGUCGUGCGAGCCUGAGCUUCUUCCUAGACGUGAGACCUGCACCAGACACGCUUCACGGGUGGCUGAUGAGAGGCCAUCGAGCUUUGUUCAGGCCCGACUAGGCACUCGACCAACAUAGAAACGCAAUGCGAUAUGCCUCUCCUCUU